AUGCAGGUUCAACGUUACACUUCGUUUGAUGCUUAUAGUGAGUUCAUUAAAGAAGGUAUUUUUUUAAACAUUAGUUUAGAUCGACAAAUCGAUCAUGCUAAACAGCUGCCUCGCCUUUCUAAUUUACAAGUUAUUCUAUUUUGAUUUUUUGUGAGUGUAUAUUGGUUUCAAGGCGCCAAUCAUGUUGUGUAACGGUCAUGGAGGCGAAAUUUUCACGGCUCAAUUCAGUCCUGAUGGGAGUUGCUUUGCCACUGCUGGUUAUGAUAAUCAGGUGGGAAACUGAAUUUUUUGGGAGAAAAAUUGUAAAUUUCAGAUUUUUCUGUGGAAUGUCUACGGGGAUUGCGAAAAUUUCGCCGUUUUGAAAGGCCAUACCGGCUCAGUUAUGGAUUUGAAGUUCAACACGGAUUCGAGGUGUCUUAAUUUAUUCAAAUGCUGUGGUUUUCUAUUUAAAAUGCUUUUCAGACGGAAAAAAAGUUUUUGUAGGGUUUGAACACGAAUUUUUAGGCAUUUUGAUAAUUUUGAUAAUUUUGAUAAAUUUAUUGUUUUUUUUCGGAAUUUUUUUUUUGAAGUGGUUCGCUUUAUAACUAUCUUGUAAGUUCUAGAAAAAUUACGUAAGGUAGAAAAAAAUUAGAUUAGAAAAUGAGUGGAAAAACCGCAAAAAUGAAUGAAAAAUCUGCAUUUUUUACAUUUUUGUAAAUUUUGUGACUUUUAGGCUUAAUUUUCAAAUUUUUGGUGAAACAUUUCAUACGCAUUUUAUAGCUAGGGAUAAAAAAAUGGAGAGCUUAAAAAAAUAUUCAAAGACUGUUUUUCAGUUUUUUUACGGGGCAGUUACAUGCAAAAAAAUUCAGAAAGUUAUUUCCGAGUCAUAAAAAAACCAAUAUCGACAAUAUUUUUUUGUCGAAUUAUUUCACAGAUCUGUAGUUUCAAAAAUACCACAAAAUUUUCUUGAAAAAAUUCGAAUUUCUCAAGAUUUUUCGCGACAGAAGCUUCGUUUCUCGUAAAGAAAUCGAAAAAAAAAAACGAAUUUUUUAGUGUUUUGAAGCUAGAAAUUUACAAAUUACUGGUCCAAACGCAAGAUUUUAAUGUCCUUGAACUCCCAGAGACUGUUUCUUGUCGAAAAAUAAUUUUUACAGUUUAUUAAAAGAGACAUCAACAAAAUACUGCUAAAAUGUUUCGAAAAAGAAGAUUUAUGAUCGUUCAGACUGAUCUUCUCGGCGGGGACAGAACACGGGGUCCGUGUCUGGGACAUGGAGACGGGCGCCUGUGUCCGGAACGCGAAAGCCCACAAAGACAUUGUCAACUCGGUGCAUCCUUGCCGUCGCGGACCUCAGCUUUUCGUUUCGGCCGGCGAUGAUAAGCUCGCCUUGGUUGGUUGGACAAAAAUCUGAAUACUUACAGAAUUGUAUCCACUUCUUUUGCUUGUCCUGUUCUCUCUUUCAUUGAAGUUUUCAUCGUAACGUCUUUUUUUUCAAAGCGGAGGUCCCUAUAGGGAUAAAAUCAAGCUGGUCCCUAUUGGGGUUUAGGGCCUGACCCCUUAGCUCCUGAAGCUCAAGUGAUCCCUAUAGGGACCAAAAAAGUGGUCCCUAUGGGAAUGAAAUCAUUGUGGUUCCUAUAGGGAUAAAAUCAAAGUGGUCCCUAUAGAGGUUUAGGGUCCGACCCCUUAGCCCCUGAAGCUUAAGUGAUCCCUAUAGGGGUCACUUAAGUGAUCCCUAUAGGGACCCCCCUCAAAUGGACCCUCCAAAAUUUCAGUUAUCUCUUUCUUUCUCGGAUGGCUAUUUUGAACGCUUUGAGAGCGGCAUUAUUUAUUCUCGAUUUAGAGUAUUUUUAUGAACAAAUUUUACAUCAAACUUACUAUAUUUUCUAUAUAUCUUAUAUCUUAUAAAUUAUAAUUGAUUUCGGAAAUUUCUUUAAAAAUCACAAUUUAUAGUUAAGCUUCAGUUUUUCAUUUAAUUUUUACAGAAUUUUUUUAUCUUGUUUUCAAAGAGUUUUUUUGUAGGAAGCUAUAUAGAUUCCUAAAGUGUGAUUUUUUUGUGAAGAUAUUGAAUUUAAAAUAUUGAAAAAAAUUGUUUCAAAAAUUUCAUCAAAAAAAUAAUGAAAAAUAAGACUAUUUUUUUAACCUGUUGAAAUCUUAAAAAUAUCCUCAUUUUUUUCUGGUUUCCAAGUUUUUUUAUUUAAAUAGAUUUCUGAUUAAUUAGGCUUUUUUUGUUCACAUGUAGCGUUUUUGGACUGAAAAUUUGAAAAAAAUUGACUUCAUUUUUUUCAAGUAUUUUUUUUGCAGGUUCACGACAUCCGACAGAAGUUCCCAGUGAAGAAAUACGAGAAUAAGUUUCCACAGACGGCGGUCACUUUUAAUGACACUUCUGACCAAAUCUUCGUCGGCGGGAUCGAUAAUACUAUCAAGGUGAUUUCUGGAAAAAAAGAAAAAAAAGUUUUUUUUUAAGGGUCUUAUUUUCCCUAAUAUUUCGCCAAUCUUGUUUAAAUUCCAUAGAAAUUUGUCUUAAGCCUCCUUUUUUUGGGCUAAAUUUUUCGAAAGGCCGUUGAAAGUUUGAAUAUUUACUUCAUUUUCUCCCCUUUUUACUCAUUCUUUCGAAAAAAAUCCCUGUUUUAUUUUUUUAUUAGGAUUUAUAGGACCUUUGCUCGCGUUUUAUCGAUUUUUUUGCCGUAAAGGCUUCAAAAAUCCUCAUUUUCUAUUGAAAAUACACUUUGAACCGGUAUGACUUGAAUUCAGGUCAAAAGGCGGGAGACUUUUCCGUUUUUUUUUCCAAGGUUAGGGGUCACCAAAGCUUCAUCAACUAUCAUGCUUUACUGUAGUAAAAUCUUGGUUGACUGUAGUAAAAUUUGGAUUUACUGUAGUAAAAGUAGUAAAAGUAGGGGUUACUGUGGUAAAAGUUGGGCUUACUGUAGUAAAAGUUGGGUCUGCAUUGAAAGAAGUGAAAUUUGGGUUUACUGUAGUAAAAGUAGUCAAUUUUUGGUUUACUGUAGUAAAAAGUUGGAUUUACUGUAGUAUAAAGUUGGGCUUACUGUAGUAAAAGUUGGAUGCACUGUAGUCAAAGUAGUAAAAGUAGGGUUUACUGUAGGAAAAGUAGUAAAAGGUGGGUUUACUGUAGUGAUAAUGAAGACCAAAUUGCUUUCCAAAAAUAAACAUGAACUUCUGAAGUUUCGUUUUUUUGUAUAUCUUCCUGCUCCAAAUGAAUUUCUCAGCCUUUGAGAGCUUCCAAAAAAUAAAAUACUUCAAUAGAGCUACCUAUAGGGCUAAAAAUGCAAAAAUUGCAAGGACUUUUAGAUGCUUCAUGGUUUUUCAGAAGAUUUCAAUUGAAUUUAGAGGAAUAUAUCAAAUGCACGGAUGCAACAUGUAACAAAGCAAGUCUGUCUUCUUAUCUAUAGUUUGAAACGUAGGUGAUAGAGGAUUCAUUGCAAAAAAUGACGUCGAUUGUCUGAAAGCGUUUUGGUCGGUUGAAAUGAAUUCGUUUCACGGCUUUUUGACGUUUUAUUUCAUGGAAGCCAGUAUUUUUUCUAUGCUAUUCUCACCGGCUCUAACAGAAAUGAGGGUAGAACCAGCAGUGAACUCCGAAAAAAGUAAACUUUUUGGUGCACCCUCGCGUUGGACCUCGACGGCCUGCACCCCUGGGGCAACCGGUCGGAGCUACGGUAGCAGUCUAGGAUGAUACUGUAGAAAAUGAUUGCUUCAAAUUUUUUUGAAGUCAUGUACGGAAUAAGUACCUUACUAGGCAUUUGAAACUUAACGGGGUAUACCCCUGGUUACACUCCGGGGUGCACCGAGAGUUCGACACGGGGUGCGCCGCAACUUUCGUUAGAGUGUUCGAAUCAAAUCAAAAUGUUUUAUUUCUCACACACAAGUACUAAAUUUCACGAAAUAGAUGUAGGGAGAGUUUGGGAACAGAUGGUUUGGCACACUGUAGGCUCAAGUUGUGCAUACACCGAUCGCGGUUUUUGCUCUAACAAAAAUAAGGGUUUACCCCGCAGUGAACCCCGAAAAAAGUGAACUUUUGGUUGAUGUUUGCGCUUCACCCCUCGUUGGACCUGAGUGGGGUGAACCCCUGGGGCAACCGGUCGGAAAUAAAGUUGUUUUUGUGCUACCGCAACGACCUGGGAUGAAACCGUAGAAAAUGAUGAUAUUGGAAAACAAACUACUUCGAAAUCGUGUACGGAAUGAGUACCUUAAUAGGCAUUUGAAUCUAACCAGGGAAUGGUCUCAGCUCACAGUGGGACUUCUGAAUGAGACCAAGUUUACUAGAUGUAGUUUUUCACGCUGAUUCCAAAUCCGUUUUCAAAAGCUGCCACCGAGCUCUGUGAAAAAAGUUAUGGACCCUCAAAAGUCGAAAAUUUCAUAGUCUCCGAUUGAGUUAGUUUUUGGAGGGUAUAUAGGUCUUGUCCCUCUGGUCACGAAAAACCAUUUUACUUUUCUCAAAAAAAUUGUGAAGCCAAGAUAUGAGCUUUCAAAGCCCCGCCGCACACAAGAGAAUGCGCGCGCGGUGUCCUAUUGCGAUCCGACGGCUGUCGAAGCAACAGCAGCGAGGAGCAGUGGAAAGGCGGCGGACUGGGGAGCACGAGGUCAUAGGUUCGGUCCCCACGCUUUGCAAACUUUUUUUGCAGUUUCUCUUUUUUGGAUAUUUCCCUGUUAGUGCUCCUUUUUCGAGUUUUGAGGUGUAGAAGCAUGAAAAUACUGCUUUUUGAACCUAUUCGAACAGCUGGACUUCUUUUUGUCGCAAAUUUUUUUCAUGUAUUUUUUUCGUGAUUUUCCAUAGCUUGGAGUGUCGAAAUUUUCAGAAAAAAAUUUUUUUGGUUUUUUACUCAAAAGCUGUCUAGACCCAAUUCAUCAUAACUGCGCUGGUAAAAAAACGCAUAAACUUUUUUUCACUGACUUUCUCAUACUGCGGUUUUCAUUUACCACUCUAGGAGAAGAAAAAACUUUCGAUUUUAUUUCAGGUUGAGGCUGAAAUUUCCGAGAAGAUUUUUUUGAUUCAUAAAUAAAAACAGUUGGAACAAACUCCCCACAAAAAUUGUUCGUUCAAUGUAAUUUCUGAAAGUUCAUAGUCAGACGGCAAAAGGCGACGGUCAUAGGUGAGCCCACUGCAAAGUACGAAGAGUUUAUUGAAGAAAAAAAUUUUUUUCUGUGUUCGAUAAAGCAUAGCUAUGAUGACUUGGGGUUAGACAAUUUUUAGAAAAAAAAAGAUAAAAUAAAAAACCGAAAAAAAUAUUUCUGAAAAUUUCGACACUAUGCUCAUAUACAAAAAAAAUCACGAAAAAAUCCAUGAAAAAAAUUUGCGACAAAAAGAAGUCCAGCUGUUCGAAUAGGUUCAAAACGUAGUAUUUUCAUGCUUCUACACCUCAAAACUCGAAAAAGGAGCACUAACAGGGAAAUAUCCAAAAAAGAGAAACUGCAAAAAAAGUUUGCAAAGCGUGGGGACCGAACCUAUGACCUCGUGCUCCCCAGUCCGCCGCCUUUCCACUGCUCCUCGCUGCUGUUGCUUCGACAGCCGUCGGAUCGCAAUAGGACACCGCGCGCGCAUUCUCUUGUGUGCGGCGGGGCUUUGAAAGCUCAUAUCUUGGCUUCACAAUUUUUUUGAGAAAAGUAAAAUGGUUUUUCGUGACCAGAGGGACAAGACCUAUAUACCCUCCAAAAAUUAACUCAAUCGGAGACUAUGAAAUUUUCGACUUUUGAGGGUCCAUAACUUUUUUCACAGAGCUCGGUGGCAGCUUUUGAAAACGGAUUUGGAAUCAGCAUGAAAAACUACAUCUAGGGAAAGUGGUCUCAUUCAGAAGUCCCACUGUGAGCUGAGACCAUUCCCUGGUAAGCGGGGUGCACCGAGAGUUCGACGCGGGGUGCGCCGCAGCUUUUGUUAGAGUGUUCAGCUGGUUUGGCACACUGUAGGUUCAAAUUGUGCAUACACCGAUCGCGGUUUUUGAGCAAUAUCUUCAUUAAAAAUAAUUUUUUGUAAAAAGUAACCAAAUUUUGAAGAAAAAUACAUUGACAAAUUUAAUUUUAACAAUCAAGUUUUUGCAAACCCCAGCAGGUCUUUAAAAACGACUCAAUUUGUGAAAUCCGUCUUUAGGGAGUAAAUAUUCGUUUAUUUUCUGUAUUUUUUCAUCUAUUAAUGUCGGAAAUAGCCUUGUUCAUUUUAAAAAUUGAAUAAAUGACCGAAAAUGGUCUAGUAUGGCCAGCAGAGACGGCGUAGUGCAAACCGGACAAGUCCCUGUUGGUAUGAAUUGAUGGGACUUUGCCCCAUUUUUUGGGUCAAACUAAGAUCUUUUUUAUUUAUUGAUUUUCGUGAAGUUUUACAAAGAAAAUGGCGCAAAAAGCUGUUUUUUCGGUUUUCUGCUGUGCUCAUAAAACAUUACCGUCCCAAGCGGAACACACUAAAUCGAAAAUUUGUAGGCCUGGGACCUGCGGAAAGACCAGAUCGAGUACGUUCUGCGGGGCCACAACGACACGAUAACGGACCUGGUUCUGAGUCCCGACGGCCGCUUCAUUCUCUCCAACUCGAUGGAUUGCGCUUGUUCGUUUUUGAGUCGGGACCCUGGCAAGGAGAUAAUUUAUGGAUUUUCCCGAACCCUAAAUAUCUAGUUAGGCGAGGCUUUCAUGAGGGUUCUCUAUAAUGGUUGAUAGUCGAUUUUUGCCGGUUUGAAAGGCUAGAUGGGUAGAUUCGCAAAAGUGACGCGUUGCGUGUGCGACGCGGCUUCUUGGCGGGAAGCUGGAGAUCAAAUUAAUUCAUGGAAAAUCUAGAAAAACAUUUUAUCGUCUUUUGGACCCUUUAUUUGUUCUCUUUAUCAUGAAAAUAAAAUAUCAUUGGAAAAAUAUCAAAAAGGGAGAAAAACGGGGAUAAUUGAACACUUUCGGGAGCUUGGAAUCUUCUGGAAAAACUUCUAAAAAAAUUACGAAUUUCUAUAUGAAGGUAGCUUAUAGAUAUGAUCUGCAGGAAAUUUCAAUCUUAAAGUGAUGAAUUUUCCAAAUAGUUUUUAACACAUAAGCCGUAUAAUGAGUAGAGUGCAACUCCUAAAAAUAUCUUCUAGAAAAAAAUGUUUACGGGGUGCUACGACAAGAUCGAGUUUUCCAUUUGCGAGGGGUACUGUAUGCGGAAAUGCGUAUUGAGUGCAUACACUUUGCGUGUUUUAAACUUUCGUUGCGUGACGUCACCGGGUCGGACAUCUCCGGGUUUUUUUGUUUCCGAGUUUUUUUUUUUCGAAUGUUUUUCAACUUUUUUUUUUGCUUUUUUCAAGGUAUGCAUUUCUCUCGAUGAUAUUUGCACGAUGAAAAACACUAGAAAGAAAAAAAAUUGAGAAGUACUCGAAAAAAAAAAAUUCGGAAACAAAAAACCCGGAGAUGUCCGAUCCGGUGACGUCACCCAACGAAAGUUUAAACACACAAAGUGUAGGCACUCAAUGCGCAUUUCCGCAUACAGUAUUCCUCGCAAAUGGAGAACUCGAUCUUGUCGUAUAGUCAAUGUUUCCCGACUUGAAAGGCGAAGGAGGCGGGGCAAGGGGCGGGACGCGUAGCGUGUGCGUACGCGGUUCUUGGCGCGAAAUCAAUUCAAUUGCCGCGGACUAUUUAAAAAGCUCGGCAACCGUUCUCUUUCAAUGUUUUCUACUAUUUUUUGAUGCACACAUGAACAUAAUCAAUAAAAAAUUGAAAACAGGAAUGAAAAAAGCAAAAAACGGGCUUUUCGAAGAGUCGAUGGCGGUUGAAUUGAACACGUGCGAAGGACCGCGAACGCACACGCUACGCGUCCCGCCCCCUGCCCCGCCUCCUUCGCCUUUCAAGUCGGGAGAUAUUGACUAUAGCACCGUUUACGGAACUUGCGAUUUUGAGGAAAGUUGAUAUAAGACUUUACAGAGCCUUUGAGAGAGUUUACAGAGAUUUUUUUCUGAAAUUAAUUCCGAAAAAUUUUUCUGACAGGACUUUCAUAAAAAAAUUCUCCACAAUGAUAACCUUGGGAAUUUUAAAAAUCUAGUUGUAAAUAAAGUAUCAAUUUUUUUGUAAAAAUAUCAAGAUGUUUGACAAAGAAUCAGCCCUAUCAUCAGUAGGGCGCAACUUUGAAAACUUCGCAGAAAAAUUUGACGGAGUUAGCGGUUUUAAUGAAGUUUAAUAUUAAUUUACAAGGAGUCUUUCAGAAAAAUUUACAGAGUAGUUCUCACUUCACGAACUUUCCAUAAGACCUUUUAAAAAAAGAAAAUAUCCCAAGUUUUGAGAAUUUUCAAGAACUUCAACGGGGUUUUGUGAGCAAAGAACUAUAAAAAAUCUCGAAAUCCAUUUCAAAAACACCUUUUUUACAGUUUUUUCCAGGCGAUUCUCAAGCAUUUUACAAAAUUUUCAUGAAAAGUUUCGAAAAAUGAAAUCUGCUCUAAGUUAUGAGGAAAAUCAAUAUCUGGGAUCCGCAAAUGAGCUCAAAUAUCUCAAAUUUAAAACUGCAUCUAAUCGACUUUUCAAUUGAUUUCGAACAAUUUUAAUCAAUUUUAAGACGAAAAAUGAACAUGACCAAACCAUUUCAAGUUACGUUUUCGAAAAAACAUAUAAUAAUGAACAAAAUUUUUUUCUUCAAUAAGAGGAAGUCAGCUGCUCGUGUAAAAAGAAAAAUUUGAGAAAAAUAUUCAAUGGAGAAAAAUGCCACAGAGCCGCAUUUGGAACGGAAUAAAAAAAUUUUAUUUAUUUUUAUUUGAUUUUGAUGAAACUUCAUUCAAUGUGAUAACCCAUCAACAGAAAUGCGCACGCAACUUUCUGAGCCGAAAUUUCAGACCGAUGUUUUGGCAAAAGUCCCAAUUUUUUUGAUUUUGACAUCGGCUUGAUUGAUGUAGGUUCAAAAUAAAAGACCGAAGACGAAGAAUUCUCGUGGAAAAAACUUCCAGAAAAGGCAUUGAACCUGGAAAUCUUACGUUUUCGGGCCAAAUUUGCCUUCAAAACGAAAUUUCAGACUAAUUAGUCGUCUAAAUUGCCUGUAAGUGGCUUCAAACAAUAACACAGGCAAUUAGGCUCUAAGCUUAUAACUUUUCAACAAAAAGUUUGACAAGGAAGAAAUAAUAUUGACCACUUCCCAAGACCUUGGGGCGAGAGGCCAAGUUUCGCGACAUUAUGGUCUUCGAAAAUUCCACAUAGAAUGGUCUCAAAUUGUAGGUAAUGAAAAAAUACAUAUUUGAGAGAAGUAACUCUCACGGCAAAUGGCAUUUGUGCUCAGGGUGACCAAAAAACCAACUUUCCGAACAAAAAAGUCACCGUUACUCGAAAAUUCCUACAGUAACCCAAGAUGGUAUGUACUGUAAAAGUUUCUGAAAUUGGAUUACCUAUCGAUUGAUAUAUCUCUUGCACCAAAAAAUCAUCAAUUCUUAGAUACGCAGGUGGCCACCCACACACCGUAGCUACAGUAAGAGGGAAUGGCUCAAAAAGUUGCGUUCGCGUUUCUGUUGAUGGGUUAUCACACUGGAUGAAGUUCCAUCAAAAUCAAAUAAACUUUUUUUGUGACCACGGAUUUUGAGAAUUACAGAGACAGCGUGGUAAAUGAAGUUGAAGACGAAAAAUGAUCAUGACCAAACCAUUUCAAGUUACGUUUUAGAAUGAAGAUAUCAUAAUGAAAUAAUAUUCUUUUCACUUCAUACGGAAGAAAGAAACUUGUUGAAAAAAUUCAUACGGAAAAAAAGAAACUUUUUGAGAAAAUUAAACUGAAAAAAAAGUGCCACAGAUCCGCAUUUGGAAUGGCUCAAUGUUUUGUGAUUCAAGUAGAUAUUGUCUUUUAUUCUGGUUUCCUGAAAAAAAGUGUUUUUUUUGUUUAUUUUUAGAGAUUGGGAAAAAAACAUUAAAACUCAUAUUUUUCCUUCGGAAUCAUCAUGAAAAAGAUUAAAUCUACAAAAAGAAUUUAUGAUUUACUUUUUUUCAGUCUCAAGAAAAAGGCUUAACAAUCUGAUUUCAACAGAACUAAAAAGAUCAAUGAGCUCUUUGAAAAAAAUCAAAUAAGUCAUAUUUAAACUCCAAAAAUUUCAUGUUUAAUAAAUAAAAUGCAUGUUAAACAUUAGUACCUAGAAUUUCUGAGUCACGUAAGAAAAAAGGACAAGAAUUCCGAGAUGAGCUUCAAAUGUGCUUCCGAAACACGAGAAAAAAAUUCCUUGACGGCUUUUUUAAAUAUUAUCUCCAAAAAUUUCAGACGAUUUUCAUGAGAAGUUUUGAAAAGUCAAACUGCCUCAAAAAUUCUCGAAAAACAACGAUAAAAAUCACUACCUAGCAGAGAUGCACGGAAGUAAAAAUUGAGAAUGCGGAAUGCGGAACGCGGAACGCAGAAUUAGUCAAAGACAUAGGGGCAGUAAAAAACGGUGUUUCAGUUCAAAGCAGUACUUUGUAGAGCUUUUGAUUGCGAAUCGAACGGUGAACAUGGAACGUACAGAAGUUCUUAGUUUUGGAGAAAUAAUAAUUCAAAGUCGGAGAAAGGAAAGCUUUAGUUCCCGCAAAAAGGACGCUUUGCAGUAAAGCUGCUCUAUGGACAACAGGCUUCGCCAUCUUCCGGAUAUUCGCUUUUUUCUUCGUUUCUUUCAAUUUUCAAUUUUUUCUGUUCUCACCAAAGUUCUUUUCGUCACAAAAGCUUUCUAUUCAUGUAUGAUUUGCAAACUUUGAUCGCAAAAAAGCGUUUCUGGUGAAAAAUGAUGAUUUACACAGGUUUCGAUAGGGAUUGCGAUUAUUUGUGUUUUCUUUAUUUUCGGUGUGUGUUUCCUGUUUUCUUAAUCGUUUUUUCAGAGAAAGAACCCUAAAUUCGAAGCAGAUAUCCGGUUAUUUCUCCCAAAAUGCGAGUCUAAUGAGACGUCCGCAACAUCGCGUGCACGGCUACUGUAAACAUUUGUCUGCAUACCGAUCCAAAGCUUUUUUCAAAAUUAAAGGCGCGAAAGUGAAAUUGCGUUUUUCUUCUAAAGUUGUCACAUCUGUAAUUUUUUUGAGUACACCAUUCGAUUCGCAAAGAAAAACUAUAUAAGAUACUGCUUUCACCUGAAAUCCCAUUUUUUACUGCCCCUAUGCCUUUAAGAUUCAGCAACAUUCGGUCUAGUUAGAAAUGCGAAAGAAAGCGUCUGACUAGGGUAUGGUCUCCCCUGAACAUCGGGUUGAGAAUUGAGACUAUGUAGGUUUGAUAGCCCUAGGUAAGAGUUCUCGGAUUCAAAAAUAAAAUUUUGCUAAACCCCUCAGGCAACCGAGGAAAAGCUCUUCGAAAUUUUCUCAGCGCGUAUAUGGCCGCGCUCGGAGCCCUCGGCUAGCAACAACAAGGAAACAACCUGAUCGAGAAAAAUGUUUGAAAAAAUAAGCCUCUAGCGCUAAAGGAACGGUUUUUUUCAACGCGUAAUGCUAUUCUGAAUGCAAUUUUUCUUGCAUUGCACAGUUUAAGACGAAAAAAUGAACAUGACCAAACCAUUUCAAGUUACGUUUUCGAAAAAAAGAUAUUAUGAUGAAAUAAUAUUCUCUUCGUUCACUUCUCCAUCGUCGUUCGGAAAAACUAUUUGAGAAAAAUAUUAAAUUGAAAAAAAGUUAUAUAGCCGCAUUUGGAAUGGCUCAAUGUGUUGCGAUCCAAUCAAAUAUUGUCUUAUUCUGGUUUCCUGAAAAAGUGUGUUUUUUGUUUAUUUUAGAAAUGGAAAACAUUAAAACUCAUAUUUUCCUUUUCCAUAAAAAGAUGAGAGCUACAAAAGAAUAUUUUAUGAUUUAUUUUUUUUCGGUUUCAAGAAAAGCCUUAACAAUCUGAUUUCAACAGAACUAAAAGAUCAAUGAGCUCUUUGAAAAAUAAAAUCAGUCAUAUUUCAACUCCAAAAAUCCAUUUCAGUUCAAGUUUUUAGCUCGUGCGUGGCCUUUUUUUAAUUCAACCAUUAAAAGUAGAAUCAAAAACAGGGUUCUUCAGUCCAAUUUUGGGAUGAAAUGGAAGAAAAAUAUACCGAUCGCACUUUAAAAACGUCCAGAUUCUUUUAGUAUUUCGGCAUGUUCUAAAACACGAGCGGUUGUGGGGCACGAGCGGCACGACCGUUACUAAAUCACGAGCGGUUUCAUCUUCGCUCCUUCGCGAACGCUUCUAAAUCACGAGCGCAAAAAAACUUAGAAAAAAUCCAUUAUAUGAACCUCAAAUGUGAAUCAAUCAACAAAUUGAGCGAAAAAAUGUGCAUAUAAGAUCGUCAAAAUUUUUAUUCAAGGAGAAAAAGAAGGUAGAAAUAUGAAAAAAAAAACACACUUGGAUGGUAAUAAAGAAAAUGAUUAAAAUGAAACGCUCGCGGUUUAGAAACGCUCGAACAGAACGAUAAGCCAAAAACGCUCGUGAUUUAGAAGCGUUCGCGAAGGAGCGAAACCGCUCGUGAUUUAGUAACGGCCGUGCCGCUCGUGCCCCACAACCGCUCGUGUUUUAGAACAUGCCUAGUAUUUCCUCUGAAUAAGCCUUGUUCCAUUUAUCAAAAGAAUAUGGGAUUAAAAAUAGGUUCUUCACAUCAGUUCAAUUUUUUGAGUCAAAACGAGAGAAAAAUCUACCGAACGCACUCUAAAAACGUCCAGUUUUAUCAUGGUUUCAGUUAAAAUUUUCAACUUUCGGGCUUUUUUCUGUUUAAACCAAGAAAAUAGAAUAAAACAAGGUCUUUAGCCCGAUUUUUCAGUGGAACGAGAGAAAAAUAUACCGACCGCACUUUAAAAACGUCCAGAUAUUAAAGUUUUUCCUCUGAACUAUUUUUCAUACUUUUAGAGAUGAAAUGAAAUGAAAUAUGAAAGAGUAUUUUUAAAUGGAAUUUUGUGUAUCUGGCUCUAAUUCUUGGAUCAAAUUUUUUUCAUUUGUUGUCUAUACCGUCUUUCUUAGAACUCUGUGCCCUUUUUUGAGCAAAGAUUCGGAAUCAGCGCGAAAAACUGUCUCUAAUCGACUUUUCAAGGCAUUUCGAACAAUUUUAAUCAAGUUCAAAACGAAAAAUGAACAUUGCCAAACCAUUUCAAGUUACGUUUUCGAGAGAUAUAAUAAUGAAAGAAUAUUCUCUUCACUACUGUUCUUCUGUUUGUUCAAAACUGUUAAAAAAAACUGUUUAUUGCAAUUUCAAUGUAAGAGUACAUGUGCAAUCGACUUUCAUUGAUUUGACUGCGUUUGAACGGCGGCAGGAGCUGUGGCUUAGGCAGAGAAGUUGUGAAUUUCGCUCGUAGAACAUCAGGUGCAAGAGAGGUCGUAGGAAGAAGUACAGCUUUCCAAAGGCCGAUGGCAGAGAUUGAGCCUUUUCGCUGCAUGCAGCUCCCAAUUUUAUCUACCCUGGAGGCUUGGUCGACCUCGGGGGGACUCGAACCUACGACCUCGCGGACGUUAGAAAUGAGUCUUACCAGCUGAGCUAUGCCUGUCCUUCACCAUUUGGAAAAUAAUUAUAUUUGAGAAAAUAUUUAUUUGAAAAAAGUCAGAGAGUCGCAUUUGGAAUGGCUCAACCCGUUGUGUUUUAAGUAAAUAUCCUCUUUGUUGGUAUUUUUAGGUUUUUUCUAAGUUUUGAUUUUUUUUUCUCUUAUUUUUUUUUGUGUCUUUUUCGAGUUUAUGUGCUUAGGGAUCAGUAACUUUUGAAAAUUGAUCACAACAAUCUUUUUUUUAGUGAAACAAUGGGACGUCAGACCAUUCACGCCUUCUCCUUCAAGGCUGGUCAAUUCGUUUUUCGGCCAUCAACACAAUUUUGAGAAGGUUUGAAAGUGUUUUUGAGCUCGGAAAAUAUUAAAGGCGCAUGGACAAACUUCAUAAAGGUCUCGAGACGAAGAGCCGUUUUAAGGUGUCAUUUUGAGUUUUGAAAGUUUCCGGUUAAAAUUAUUAUAUGCUUUUGCACAAGUUUUAUUGAAAAUUCUUAACAUUUUAUUUCGAAAACAUUUCAUAUGCUCUGCUAGAAAGUUCUUAAAGGCGCAUGUACAAAUUACAUAAAAUUCUCGAAACGAAGGUGUCCUUUAUGGUUUUCAAAGUCUUCGGCUCAUUUAAAAAGCUCGAGGAACGCUUUUGAACAAAUUUUGAAGAGAAAAAAUUCAGCAUUUGAUUUUUUGUUUCCGAAAAUUUUGAUUUACUCCCAUCUGAAGCCUUUAAAGGCGCAUGGGCAAGUUUCAAUAGGGUCUCGAAGUGAAGAGCCGUUUUGAGGUCUUCGUUUAGUUUUCGAAAGACUCCGGUUCAUAUGAUGAUUUUGGAAAGGCUUCUGAAAAAAAUUUAUCGCGGAAGGUUCCAAAAUUCAAUCGUUUUCCAAAAAAAAAAUCAGCUAGAAAAACCUUAAAGGCGCAUGGACAAAUUUCAUAAAGGUCUCGUGACGAAGGUGAUCUUUUAGGUGUUUUAGUAAAUUUCAAAGAGUAAUUUUAAAGUAAUUUUAGGUCAAAUAGUUAAAAUAAGGUAAUAGAGAUUUUGAAAUACUUUUUUACUCGUUUUUUUGAACGGAAUUUAUGGCGAAAAUUGCAUUUUUUGGUUAUUUUUCCGAAAAAUGUUCGUUGACAAGCCCUGUUCACAAUUAUUAAAGGAGCAUGUAUUAUUUUUUAGGGUUCUCUCAAAGCCAGGAACCUUUUUUAAGGGUCCAGUUAGGCUUUGAAAAAUUUCUGCGCCUUCAAAAACUCUAGGAAGAAUUUUGAGCGUGAAAAAAUAGUCAGAAUCUCUUGGAAAAUCUUCAAAAAUUGCUACUAUUGGUUUUGAAAGGCUUCAAAAAGGGAUUUUUGACAAUAAUUCCAUAGUUAAUGAACUGAUUACCUCCCAAGAAUCUCCUGAAAUGCGCCUGGUCGCCCGACGGAACCCGCAUCGCCUCCGGCUCUUCUGACCGUUACGUCUACGCCUGGGAAACGGCAUCCCGCAGGAUUCUCUACAAAUUGCCCGGUCAUCAUGGAUCGGUCAACGCUGUGGACUUCCAUCCGACUGAGCCCAUUUGUGAGUUUGAAAAGGAAUAGAAAUGGGAGUCCAUCAUUUCGAGGGUUGGAGAAGGAUUGAAAAAUCAAUAAUUUAAAAGAAAAAUGUUAAUUAGGGCCUGGAAAAUCUGAUGGGACAUUGAAAACAUUGAAAAAUGGUUUGAAAACGAGAUUCUUUCAAAAAGAAACACCUAAAAAUGAUAUAUUUUGAGCGAAAUCGGAAGAUUUCACCUGUAAAAUAGUCAUUUUAAGGGUUGCAAAAUAUUAAAAAGUCAAUAAAUCCGGGGAAAAAAUGAACAAAAUGAAGAUAAUCUAUAAAUGAAUUGAUAAAAUUGAAAAAUGGUUAAAAAAUGAUAUUUUUUUGAAAAAAAACCCAUGAAAAAGAGUAAAAUAAAUAGAUAUAUCUUUUAGAGUUUAUUUAUCUAUUUGAGAGUUUGGAAAAGAGAUGCAAUGGGCAUUUUCGAAUCGUUGUUCUUUUGAUGUACCUUUAGAUCCUUCUAUCUGGAAAAUUGAUAUUUUGAGGGUUUGAAAAAGAGGGAAUAAAUUCUAAGAAAAAAAAGUUAGUUAGGGCAUGGCGAAUCUAAUGAUACAUUGAAAAAAUUGACGAAAUGUUAAGCCAUUUUUCGAAAAAAUAUGUACAUAACAGUUGGAUAUUUUGAACGAAAUUGGAAGAAUAGAUAGGAAAAAUGUAGAAACAAAAUGGGAGUUUGUCUGAAAAAAAGGAGUCAUUUUUAGUGUUUGAAAAAAACAUUUUAAAAAAACUAUGAUAAACAAUUUAGAGUUAGAAGGAUCUAAAGGUACAUCAAAAAGUAUUGUAAAAAAAUUAUCUGAAGAUGAGAAUUUUUGAUUAAAAAAAACUAUUUCAAUACCCUUCAUCUUCAGUGCUCUCUGCCGGCAGCGACAAACGAAUCUUCCUCGGCGAAAUCGCCUAA